CGUCAUUCUCCCGCGGCUGCCAUUUUUAGUGCGAUUUGCCUGGCAAAGCGGGGGUCAUGUCAUCCUUCUACCCUGACCUGAGACUAGGCCUGGGGUUGGUCAUGACGGUCAUGACCAUGACCGUCGAAAUUUUGGUCAUGACCGUCAUGACGGUUUCCAGGUUGUCAGAUCGGCUACCUGAGACUGACCCGUUGCUAUUUUGGGAACGGGAUCUGAACGAAGAUAUCUCGAUGCCCACAAGGGUUCGGUCGGACGAUGCGUCUCGUUCUACGACAGGAAAGUUCAAUCAUGAUGGGAAUCAAAAAAUGGCCUCUGAGCAUUAG